AUGCUUCUUGGUCGACUUUACGGUAUCGCUGCUCUUGCAGUGUUGACAGUUGCUGCUCCUUCUCGUCCUGUUCCUCGAGAUGUCUCGACUGAUGUGCUUAGUCAAUUGACCCGAUUCUCUCAGUGGGCUGCAGCGUCAUACUGCACGAACAAUCAUGACUCAACCGGUGAUGCGUUAUCUUGCGAGGAAGGCAACUGUCCAUUGGUGGAGUCCGCUGACACAAUUUCUCUAUACGAGUUUGAUAAGUAUGAGACCAACUUCCAAAGUCAGUCAAAAACUGUCACUAACACAGUGACACCUAUCAGGACCUGCAGCUAUGGCAAUGUCGCCGGCUUCCUCGCGGUCGACAAAACAAACAAGCUGCUCGUCGUCUCAUUCCGGGGUAGCCGCUCAAUAAGCACUUGGAUUGCGAACAUCAACUUUGGCUUGACCGAUGCCAGCAGUAUAUGCAGCGAUUGCGAAGCCCACAGUGGGUUCUUGGAAUCCUGGGAGACUGUUGCGGAUGAUCUGAAAUCCAAGAUCAAGGCCGCACAGACAACAUACCCGGGCUACACUCUUGUCCUAACAGGCCACAGCUUCGGCGCAGCUCUUGCCACGUUGGGAGGUAGUGUGCUUCGAAAUGCGGGAUAUGAACCAAAUGUAUAUUCCUAUGGCCAGCCACGGGUGGGCAAUGAGGCUCUGGCUAAGUAUAUCACGAAGCAAGGCAGUCUCUGGCGAGUGACACAUCAAGAUGACUUGGUGCCUAAGUUGCCACCUGCAAGUGUUGGCUUUAGCCACGCAAGUCCCGAGUACUGGAUUACUAGUGACGACGAUACAACGGUGACCUCGUCUGAUAUUGAUGUCAUUGAGGGUGUGGGCUCGAAGUCUGGAAAUGCGGGGACGUUGAACCCGGAUAUUGGGGCACAUAGUUGGUACUUGGGACAUAUUACUGCGUGUCAAUAG